AUGAGUGCUGGCGGUGCCUGUGAGCAGACGUCCUCUCGUGCACUGCUGCCUUCAAGUAGCUGGAGCUUCGUGUGGAACAUUGUGCCUCAUGACAAAAUUCGCCUGGGACAAACUAGAGAAGAAGACAAAAAUCAAGAUGGCAAAAUGGAUCAGCUGCAUUUUAAAUUGGAACUUCCACUACAACCUACAGAGCAUGUAGUUGGUGUUCAGCUGAUUCUACUCUUUUCCUACCAGCUUUACAGAAUGUCAACACUUGUGAUGCAGAGCAUGGCUUUUCUUCAGUUUUUUUCUCCUGUGCCAGGAUCUCAGCUCUAUAUGAAUGGAGACCUGAAAUUGAACCAGAGGCAAUUACUUAAGCAUUGUGGACUGGAUACCAGAUACAAUGUGUCUGUGGUCAAUGGCACAAGUCCUUUUGCGGAUGACUAUGAUCUAACAAACAUCAUUGCAGCAUAUUGGGAUAGAAAUGUGACAACAGUCUUUUUAGAUCCCAACCCUGUUUGGAUGACUGGAAGAGCAACAGAUACACCAUUUAUCAUUAAUGCCACUAUUCAUUACCCAGUGGAAGUUAUCUUGUAUCAGCCCGGAUUUUGGGAAGUGAUUAAAUUUGCCUGGAUCCAGUAUGUCAGCAUUCUCCUUAUCUUUCUUUGGGUGUUUGGUAGGAUUAAAAUGUUUGUGUUCCAGAAUCAGUUGUUGACUACAACUCCAAUAUCGCCUGUUCUGCCGGUGUCUCCAGUACUGUCCUACAAACAGCACCAGUCCUGA